GCUGUUUGUUUCCUUCACCGCCAGGGAGAGUCUGCAAAUCGAAUCCGGAAGCGGAGGCAGCUCAGAAGAGAAAGGCUCGAGGCCCCGCUCAGUCUUCCCUGUCCUCCCUUAAGAAAAAGUGGCUGCCACCCAGCCACGCUGUGCUGCUUGAACCCUCCGACUGAGUAGCGCAGCGAGCUGGCUGCCUUGAUCUCCGGCGGGAGGCGGGCAGAAAGACGGCGGAAGUGCGGAGGCUGUAGUGGCAGGUGCCCCCGGGUGAUGUGGUGACGGAGUAAUAUGUUACUAAUGCAACCUCUUUUGCUGUGCCUAAGGCAUUCAACAGUUGGAAGUCACUAAAGAUGAAAGUAAUUAAACAUUCUGAGGAGAUCCUGAAGACAGCCCUGGUCUCCAAGGACACACAGCUUAUGAGGCUUUAUGACAAGUUUGAGCCUAAGGAGAAGCUUUUGCUAAAUGAAGCAUUUCAACCGGACAGCCUUCUUUUCAAGCCCAUCACACUACAUUCUGAUUCAGAUUGGAUCUCCUCUCACCCAGAACCCCUCCAGGAUUUUGCACAGUUUUAUCAUGACCCUUGCAGAAACACACCAUCCCCCCAGAAGAGUCACAUUUAUAUCCAGCCCAUUGGUUCUUUUGGAGAUUCUAGAGUUAGUACAGAUGUUUACAUGAGAUGGUUGAAGGAUUACUGUGAAGCCUUUUACAAUGGCCUGACUGUAAGAAUCUUGGGGCCGGAGCCUGUUAUGCAUACAAAGUGUGCUUUUCGAGUCAAUGAAUAUACACACAAUCUACAGAUUCAUGCAGGGCACCUUUUGAAAUACCUAAAGAAAAAAAAGCCAAAGGAUGCUUUUUGCAUUGUGGGAAUAACGAUGAUAGAUCUUUAUCCAAAAGACUCUUGGAAUUUUGUCUUUGGACAGGCUUCUUUAACUGAAGGAAUGGGGAUCUUCAGCUUUGCAAGGUAUGACAGUGACUUUUACAGUGUAAACUACAAAGGCAAGUUGAAGACCACAAAAAAACUUUCUCUGACUGACUAUUCUGUUUUUGAUGGUUAUUAUACCCCUGAGGUAACAAGUACUCUGCUUCUGAGAUCCUGCAAAACUCUGACUCAUGAGAUUGGGCACAUUUUUGGACUCCAUCACUGCCAGUGGUUGCAAUGUGUCAUGCAGGGGUCCAAUCACCUGGAAGAAUCAGAUAGACGCCCACUGGAUCUUUGUCCCAUUUGUUUGCGCAAGUUGCAGUCUGCCCUUGGCUUCAAUAUUACAGACAGAUACAAGGCACUGAAAAGAUGGAUGGAGGAAGAUGCUAAUGGAACGGAAGAUGAACUCAGCAAUGAAGCCCAUCUGGGUUUGCAGAAACUUGUGGAAGCUUUCAAAGAAAGCUAUGACUGGAUUGUGAAAUGCUUAGAGGUUUUGCAAAAAUAAAGUCCUUCAGUAUAUGAAA